ACCGCCCUUCAUGGCUGCUGCUGCUCCUGAAGAGCUCCCGACUCUCAGCCUCUGGGACCAAAUCUGCGCAGAAUUUGAAGCAAAGGAGCCGCUUCAUCCUGACCAUCCUGACCAUGAUGAAGAGAAGCGGAAGUCUGUGCUGGAUGAGAAAGAGGAACUUGAUCUUACCCUUCAGACUCCUUUGACCGCAGAAUCCACGCCACCUUUGAGUGGGGAGCAGAGCAAGUCACCCAGCAUUGAGGAAUUGGCGUCUCAAAAGACCCCUUCUCUCCUUUUCCUGCCGCUGACUCCUGAGCUGCCUGAUCUAAAAACAUGUUCUCCACGAGAAUUCUUAGAAAACUACAUCUUUCCGGAGCUUCUGCCAGGGAUGGCGGAACUGUUACAUCAGGCUAAGAAGGAAAAAUGUUUUGAGAGAAAAAGAACAAAAUUUAUUGCCCUCGAUUUCCUCACCGAAUGGUUAUACAACCAUAACCCAAAGAGGAAAGAUGAGCCGUUUGUAGAGUUCUUUGAGAUCCCUUUCGUGAAGGAUUGGUUAAAGGACCAUCCUAGGCCACCGAUUCCUCUGUCUCUGCUACUAACAGAGGAAGAAGCAGGCAACAUCAUCCAAUCAUUCUGGAGAGGUUAUCGGGUCCGCUGUGAGCCUGAGGUUCAAGAACUACGCCAGUGGCAAAAACAUUUGCGGGAGACCAAGAAUAUUAUCAAGCGGGUUCGGGAAUUCUGGGCCAAGCAAGAAAAAAAAGUGGGAACCAAGCUGGAGGACUCCGUAGAGCCCACCCCAGUUCGCUCAAAAAUUUCACUGGCGGAAACCUCAGAGAACACGGAGAUCGAGGAGGAGAAACCCCAGGAGAUCACGGAGGAGAAACCCAAGGAGAAACCCCCCCAUGUCUGGCCGUGCCUUUAGAGAGUGCAACGUAGGUGAAAUUCUAGGCAUCAACUUGCUA